AACAAACACUCAAAACCACAACGCCAGGUGUCGUAAUUCUAAGCGGCUCCACGUCUUGUGGAAACCUCGAGUCGCUCCGACCCCACCGUUAACCAAAACAAACACAGCUCCAACUUUCCCUCUUUAAGCUCCUCAAAAGUUACGAUCCCAGCUCUGACUUCAAAGUUCAAAAACCUCUCAGCCAAUCAAAAUCAAACCCUACUAACACAUCUUCUACGUGUCGCACUCUUAUUAGCUAUAGUGGUAUUACGUAAUUUCUACAAGGACCAAGGGCAUUUCCAUAUCAAACCUGUCUCCUCCUCUCUUCCUCUUAAACCCCACUUUUUUUCUCCUUAGAAACCCUCCUUUUCUUUUUGCUCAUAUUUGCAAAAGAAUCUCUCUCAAUAGCCGCCAUGGCCUGGCUUAACCGAUUAGCCAUCACCGCAGCGCCAUCAUUCCGUCGUGUUAGCCGAUUCCCCGGCAGUCGAGGUUAUGGAUCAGCAGCAGCAGUCCAAUGCGACUAUGAUUAUUAUGAUGACUAUUAUUCAGAAGCCGUAGAAGACUACGGACAGCUUAAUCUGCUGAAGCCGAAUUUGGAGUCGGUGGCUGGGUCGGCUUCAGGGAAAGGAGUGCAGUGGGUCUUAAUAGGAGACCCAGGAGCUAAAAAGCAUGUUUACGCGGAGAAACUCUCGAAGCUUCUAGAAGUUCCUCACAUUUCCAUGGGUACCCUUCUUCGUCAAGAGCUUAACCUUAACUCUUCUGUUUAUAAACAGAUUGCAAAUGCGGUGAAUGAGGGAAAAUUAGUGCCUGAAGAUGUGAUUUUUGGGUUGUUAUCAAAAAGGCUUGAAGAGGGUUAUUAUAGAGGUGAAAAUGGGUUUAUUUUGGAAGGAAUUCCCCGAACGAGAAUUCAGGCUGAGAUUCUUGACCAAAUUGCGGAUAUUGAUCUAGUUGUUAAUUUUAAAUGCGGUGAAGGGAAUGUGGUGAAAAAGAAUCUUAUAAGUGCAGAAAAUUCUAGUACUGUUGCUGAUGCGGGAAGUGUGUCAAAUGAAAAGUCUCGAAUAUACGCGCAGGAGCGAAAAGCAUUGGAAGGAUACUACAGGAAACAGCAGAAGCUUCUUGACUUUCAAGUGGCAGGUGGAUCUGGAGAAACAUGGCAAGGCUUGUUGGCUGCAUUACACCUCAAACACCUGAGUGCUGUUAGUUCUUCACCAAAAUUGGCUGCAUGAUUUUUCUUCUAUGCAAACUGUGGACUGCUUCGGUUUCAUUCCCAAGCAGGCAUGGUAUAGUAAAUAUUUAUAAUGGGAGCACCAUACGAGUUGGUGUGGCGAUUGUCCAAUUGGAUUUUUGGAUCUUUCUUUUCGAAGUUUAGCUUAUCUAAGCAGUUGCAAUUUUGAGAAUGUAUGGUUGUAAGGUAAUUUUGGCGAGAGAUAUAAAACAAAGAACACCGGCAAGUGUACUUUUGCGUCUUG